ACUUUAAUUUAAGACGUCAAAUUAUUGAGUUGUCUAAAUAUAAAAUUUAAACACAAAAUUUUAAAAUGCUCAAUUUUACAAACAAAUUAGUGACGAAAAGUUUAUUAUUUUCAUACCGACCGUAUUUAGUAAAGGAAGGAUUCAAAAAUUUGUCAACUAAUACAUCCAGAAACAUUAAAAGGGGUACUUUCAGACUUGGACUUACAGGUAUUACAGUAGGAGCUCUGGUCGGUACCGGCUAUUCUAUUCAUUAUAUGAAUAAGCCUCGAGCACAUAUAUUAAAUGAAGAAACCACAAUAGCUCAAGUGAAGGACCUACCAUCCAUAAAACCUACUAGAUUUGUAAAAAAUGUUGAAGAUAAGGGAUUGGAAUUAACACUAUACCAAUACCAAACAUGUCCAUUCUGCUGUAAAGUAAGGGCUUUUUUGGAUUAUUAUGGUAUUUCAUACAAUUUGGUUGAAGUUGACCCUGUGUUAAGACAAGCAAUAAAAUGGUCACCUUAUAGAAAAGUCCCAAUUUUAGUGGCUAAAACAGAGGAUGGAUAUCAGCCUUUAAUUGACAGUACCAUGAUAGUAUCAGCAUUGGCGUCAUACUUAUUUGAAGAUAACAAAAAAGACUUACCUGAAAUUGUAAAGUGUUUUCCAAGUGUUAGUUAUGUAGAUGACGAUGGAUUCAAGAAGAAUGAAAUUAUGAAUAGAUAUUUUAUUAUGUUAAAUAACAGGAAAGAUCUUCAAGCCAUUGAACAAAAAAGCAGCGAAGAAAGAAAAUGGCGUAAAUGGGCUGACAGUGUGCUUGUUCAUACAUUAUCGCCUAAUGUAUAUAGAACCUCCGAAGAAGCACUUCAGUCAUUUAACUGGUUUUCAGAUGUAGGCGAAUGGGAAGCCAACUUUCCUGCUUGGGAGCGGUAUCUUAUGAUAUAUGUAGGAGCAUCAGCAAUGUGGUUAAUUGGAAAGAGACUUAAAAAGAGGCAUAAUCUGAAGGAUGAUGUAAGACAAUCUCUAUAUGAUGAGUGCAAUUAUUGGCUUAGAGCAGUGAAAUCCAAAGGUGGUCAGUUUAUGGGUGGACAAACACCCAAUUUAGCAGAUUUGGCUGUUUACGGAGUUCUUAGCAGUAUUGAAGGUUGCUUAGCUUUUAAAGAUUUAUUAAACAACACCAAAAUUGGACCCUGGUAUUUCGGAAUGAAAAAAUGUAUUUCAGAGCAUGAAGGUGCAAAGUCAAUUUAAAGUCUCAUUGUUAUGGAUUCAAUCAUUUAUAUAAAGGUGAAUUAAAGUUAAAUAAUGUGAUAUAAGUAUAUGAUGUAAGUUGUUUUUAAUAAAGGAAAAAUACAUUUUUAACACUUUUAUUUGAAUGAAUGAAUCUAAUUAAGUUUGUGUUUGUAUAUACCUAUUUACAUUUAUCCGAAUAAAGUUUAAACAAAACUAUUUAUUACAUAAUUGUGUUACAA